AAAAAAUAGCAACAGAGAGUCUAUGUUUUGUCAGCUGACUGACGUUUUUAUUGUGUUCUGCAAGUUUUCCUCUCUCUAAUUUCCUCGAAAUCAUGAAAAAUACAUGAUAGUAGAUCUGUUUGGACGCUGGUACAGUUGAUAAGACAGAGUCAUGGAUGAGAUCGACAACAUUAUCAUACAUUCUCUUCGACAAAUCGGAUGUGAUAUCGACGAGGAGAUUUACUCCCUGUCCUCAUUCACGCCCGAGAUGUUGGUAUCGUCCGUCUCAAAGUGUCUCACCCUCAUCAGGCCGACGCUGGAAGUGCCCCAAUCGCUCCCGCCCGGAAUGGCUCAGCGGUUCGGUGUCACGACGAAUCUCGCGGAGGCCUGCAAGAGUGUAGGAUUUCGCGGUGAUAUCGGUUAUCAGACGUUUUUGUACACAAAUGUAACUGAAGUUAGGCGAGUGUUUAUGUUUCUCAUCGAGCAUCUGCCCAAGGAAGCGGAAAAGGCGCAAGCCAACCAGUCACUUGAUUAUCCCUCUUCUGUGAAGCAAGAGAUUGCGAGGAAUAUUCAACAGAAUCUCAGCGCACGCUGGCUUCCGCCACCAUGCAGAAUCUUGCUUCAAGAGAGAAACACUUUCUCUCCGAGAUAUCUAAACAUUCCUUGGGGUGAGUUGGAGGAUAAUCAGGAGCACAAAAAUAGUGAAAAGCCUCUAACGGAGGAAGCUUUUGUGAGUCUGUUUGACCAGACGUCUUCUGAGACACUCUUUCCUUCGGUGAUUGCCAAGAACGACGAGGAACUGUUUGUUGAUCAGGGAAUCGCUCUGUCAAGAGUUCUCGAUUGGCAGAAAGAACCGCUUAUCAAUCGAAAUGCAAUAUCUGAAGUUCAGGAGCUUCACAAUUCAGUAUCAGCCACGGAAGAAGUUGGAGAGAUCGUGAAAAACAAUACUCUGAAAGUGAGAACGCCACUGGAGUCUCUUCAGGAAGAGAUUGAGGAGCUCAGGCGGAGGAUUGAAGAAUCUGUGGGUGAGCGACAAGGGAUCCUCGAAGAGAUUGAGGGCAGUAAAAGCACAAUUUCCCAACACGAAGAGAGAUUGUCGGGUCUCAGGAAGGAGAAGCGCAUCCGCGAGAGGACUAACAUUGUUCUUGAGAAUCCAGAGGAGAAUGUGGCCAAAUUGGAAGCCAUGGUGGCCAAUUCGAAAGAGAAAUUGAAAAAGUUGGAGCUGCAGUGGCAGGAACACGAGGCUCCGCUUCUGGAAGCGCUCAAUAGUGCUCAAAAGAAGAACUCUAAAGAAAUGUCCAAGACAAAGCAUUUAGUGGAUCAGAUCACUUCGAUUCGGAAGAAAGCCGAAGAGAUUACUCUGGAGUUCAAGCAGAAGAGCUCAACGCAUUCCCAGUUAACGGCCGAACUGGCCAAACUCAGUAGAACUAUUAAUCGCAAUGCAUACACGUCGCGCAUCCUGGAGAUUAUCGGCAAUAUUCGGAAGCAGAAGAACGACAUCGACAGAGUGUUGAGGGACACCAGAGAGCUGCAGAAGACGAUCAACACGGUGACUGGACAGCUGGACAGGCAGUUCACCGUGACGGACGAUCUUAUCUAUCGCACGGCGAAGCGGGACGAAAACUCACGGAAGGCCUAUAAACUCCUGGCCACUCUUCAUGCAGACUGUGCCGAACUAAUCAAUUACGUCCAGGAGACCGGAGCCACAGCUCGUGAGAUACGCGAUCUGGAGGAUCAGAUAGAAACGGAGAAGAUGCGAAAUGUGUCAGCGAAUUUAGAGCGAAUAACAUCAGAUCUGCAUCAGAUGCAGAAGGAGAGCCAAGUGUUAGAGGAGAAGCUGCGUUCCGCCCUUCAGAAUGAGGAAUCAGGGGAGUGA